AUGCGGCUGGCGAGACCCCACACAUUUUCUCCUGAUAGCAACAAACGAUGGACAUGGCCUGCAGCUACAACGGUAGAGACUCCCAGUUUCUCUCUGGAAAGAUCGCUUGCAAGUGGAAGACCACCGGUAGCGCUACCGAGUCGCGACCACCCGUCGGGACGCUCGGUUGUCUUGACAGAUUUCGCACGCAGUUCACAUGGGUUUGGCGGCGCGUACAGUGACUCAGGCACACGGGGGUACGGGAUGGAACAGACGACACAAGAAACCUUGCCGCAUGGCAUGCCGCCUUCCUCUGCUAGGGCGUCACGGAUCGCCCCCGAAGUACGGCUCCACCACCCGAUCAUUCCACAUGAUAUCACAAUACCUUCGCCAGCUUCCGUCGGCCCAACAUCACCUAGAACCACAACAUCGUUGAACGCCGCACGGAUGCAACCUGUGCCUACGCAGAGUGAGUAUAUGGCAAUACACGACUUGCAACUGUCUCUGUCGCCACCCCCACCAGGCGAUCGACAGCCCGCGAAGAUCUCGCAAGGAUAUGUGACAUUAGAGGACAGCCUGGCCGCGUUCUUCUCCAACAUGCGUAUUGCGAGGAGACAUGAAACGAGUCCAGACGAAAUUCAAGCCCUGCAUUUCAUUGCUGAAAAACUCCUUGGAUCUGUACCCGACAUUCGCGCACUAACCGCCGCUGUCCAGGAAGCAAUACGAGAACAGAAGCGAGAGGCACGUGAUACGCGAGCCAGUGAACUGUUCCGAACUCCGAUUGAAGCCGCUGUGGAAACAGUCCUCCCCGUGGGCAAACCCGUCUCAGUUCAAACCGAUGGGGGGGCGCAGAUGAGGCUGAUCAAUAAGGGGAUCCUCGGGUCAGGAUGCUUCGGCGUUGUGUUGAAGGUAUCUCUAGAAGACAGGCGUAAGUAUGCAGCGAAAAUGGCGUACGGCAAGGUCGAGCGGGGACCCGGUAUGUCGCGUCAGGCAUUGCAGGCGGAGAUUGCAAGGCUCAAGACGCGAAUAGAGACAACAGUUCAGGCGGAAUUGGGCGUUAGAGGAAAGUUGCUGGCGACAGGCCACACGCCUGAGGACUUGAAGCGGUUCAGGCUUUGCGUGUGCACUCAGAUUUUGAGACUUCCCACUGAGGUAUCCCGGGAAGUUGUACUCGACUCGACAACCGUGUUUCUCUCCAGAGAAAUCAUGCUGCAGCCCCUCCUGGGUCCGACAAUGGCGAGUCUAGUCAGGCGGCACCCGUCAUUUACCUUGCAGCGGGCUGUGGCAAGAGAGGUGGUACUCGCGAUUGCGGGGCUCCACGAGCUUGGGUUUGCCCAUGGAGACGUCAAAAUGAGCAACAUUCUUUUUCAUGAUGACGGGUCUGCGUACUUGGUGGAUAUCGGCUCCGCGGCCCCUUUAUACAGCCGCAUGACCAAUCUAGAUUCAAUCUACGCGAGACUAGGUUCUCCUGAGCUUGCGAGGCUCUGGCAGGGACGUGCCACUGGCCCUGUUGUUCGCGCUGGGGCAGACGCCUGGGCGUUAGGCUCAAUCCUCUUUCAGUUCACCUGCGCCGGGCGGCUACAUUACCGCAUCUCCGAUGUGGAAGAGAGACUGCUGGGUAUGCACCUUAUGAGCAUCCAGUUGUCCGAGUUCUCGUAUCAUUACUGUCCCGCGCCUGACCCGGCAGUAAUGGGCAUUGCCUUGCGUUUUCUGGAUACGAUUGCAGAAAGACGGCCAUCAGUCGUGCCAUUCACGCGACAGCACGCCUUUUUCGGUGAUCCCUCGGACGCAAUCAGUUCUGAUUUCCCGUCUUGGACACAGCGGUGUCCCUUAACUUUCAUGCGUAAACCUACGAUGAAACACGGCAAAGUUAAAAGAAUGAUCUUUGUGGUGAACGGGUACAAACGGGCUUAUCGUUCAUUUGCGUCCUUACUCUCCGGCGGGGAUAAGUUCUGGAUUACUCGCAAUGGGAGUUUGACGUGA